AUGCUUAGGUCUUGGUGUCGGCGACUUGUCGACCGGUAUCUGUGCGUACGAAUGUUCACUAUCCUGGGUGGUUCAGCGGCAGCUCUGGUAGUAACUAGCAAUCGCCGAUGGCAAUGGUGGAAGUGGAUCGUGGGUUUAUGUCCGGCCUUGGCUGCUUCUGUGUGGUUGGUAGUAUGUCGAUACGCUACGUUGAGCAAGCCGAAAAUGCCCAUGCUGCUGUCCAGUACUGUUCUGCUGUCUGUUGCGAUUGCGAUUACCUACAAUGGACUGCACGGACUCUGGUUCUGCGGACAGAUGAUUAGGACCUCAGGGCACGACGACAUUCUCGAUAACAUAGAAGAACAUCUCACCGGCGGUGACCCGGACGGCGGUGACAUAAACGGCGACUCAUGGGCCCGACCCUUCAGGAAAGGUAGCCCAGGACUGGUCUCAGAAAUAAUAGCAAUCCCAGGGUCAGUCAGAGUGGACUCACUGGGUGAGUCCCUUUCAAGGGAAGCUACACGGGCUGAAGAGGGUGAGCCAGGUAAUUUGUCGUGGGAGAAUCUCCGCGCCCUAUUCCAAGACGAUCGUGCUUUGAUCGAUAGCUGGGAAUAUCGUCGUGAUAUAUCCGUGGUAAUAGUGGUUCGUGAUGAAGACGAGUAUAUAGUCAAGACGAUCCAAUACCUCCUGGACAACACACCCGCGGAGGUAUUGAAGGAAGUCAUCGUUGUCGAUGAUGCCAGCAAACUGCCCGUGGCCGUGUUGCUCCGCAACACACUGUUCAAAAAUGGCUACUCGACCCGAAUUGGUUCCAACGGUCAGAAUUCCAACGGUCAGAAUUCCAACGGUCAGGACUCCAACGGUCAGGACUCCAACGGUCAGGACUCCAACGGUCAGGACUCCAACGGUCAGGACUCCAACGGUCAGGACUCCAACGGUCAGGACGCCGACGGUCCAGAGCGCAACGGUCCAGAACCCAAUAGUCCCAGGGGUACGAGUACUCAGCGUCAUUUUUCAGGCGAGCAGUUGCGGAAGAUGAUUAAGGUGUUACGUUUUGGAAUUGGCGAGGGGUUGAUUCGGUCUAAGAUUGUGGGGGCAGAUUUGGCGUUGGGUUCGAACAUUCUAUUUUUGGAUGGGCACUGUCGAGUUGAUCCGGGUUGGGAAUUAGGAUUACUACAGGUGGUCGAGAGGUAUGGUUACAAGACAAUAGCGGUGCCUCAAAUAUACGAUAUAGAUCGAUUUACAUGGGAAGAUAAGGAUACGUAUGGAGUGAAGAUGAUGUUUGAUUGGACUUUCGAAUUUGAUUGGUAUGAAGAUUUCAGUUAUGACGUACCCAUUAUGCCUGGCGGGAUCAUGCUUAUGACAAAAAAAUGGUGGCUUGAGAGUGGUAAGUAUGACGCAGGCAUGUUGGAAUGGGGAGGUGAGAAUAUUGAACAGAGUUUGCGCACUUGGCUCUGUGGUGGCGGCAUUAAACUUGCGCCGGGGUCUAUACCGAAUGUGGCCAUGCCAGCGGUAGUUGAUGCACCUGGCAGUAACGAGUCUGACUCGGAACCGGAUGUCGUGGGUUCAAUUCCCGGAGUACCCUCCUCGGAAAAUAUUCCGUUAAGCCGGAUAGGACACAUCUUUGACCGACCUAAGAAACCGAACCCAGGCAACUCUUUGGUAAGAAACGUUCAAAGGAAUCAGAAGAGGGCCGCAAUCGUUUGGCUUGAUGAUUAUUACCAAUACAUGCUCAAGUAUCACCCAAUCGUUAAUACUCUUGACGAAGGUAACGGGCUUGAGUAUCGUCAGUUAAUUCGCCAACGUCUAAAUUGUAAACCAUUCCAAACGUUCGUAAAUAAGUUCAGAUCUGCCUUCGAACGCCUUGGACUACUUGAACAUGACUAUCAUUACCUUCAAAAUAAAUCCAAUAGACUCUGCCUUACCGCUGUUAACAAUAAUGGACACGGAUUCACACUCGCUCAAUUACCAUGCCAACGUAGCGAUAAAUAUCAAAUGUGGGCCAACAUACUUGGAAAUAGAUUCCUACACAAUCUCGGCACUAAGCUGUGUCUCACUACCAUCCAACCUGAUGGAAUUGGAGCGGGAUUUACCGUUUAUGAACAAUCACCUCAUGAAACCCUACUUCAAGAAUGCAAGUGGAAUAGAAUGCUAUCAAGUAAAUAUAUUUCGUACACACACACGUUCGAACCCGGCAUAUUCGAACGAAUACCCGGCAUAUUUGAACACUCUCGCGUAUGA